UUGACAGCGCUGCUGAGAGCCAGCUGUAGCAGAAAAACAAAAACAACAGCGAGCAGUGAGGGAAUGUGGCGCUCUUAACAGGACAAAAACGGUCAGAAAACCACUCAGCACUGACCACAAAGACUACAGAUACAGACACACAACGCGUGUUAUUAGGACGAGACCGAAGGCGGGACUGUGUGGACUGCGGAGUGCGCCAUGGGCCGAAUCUUUCUGGACCACAUCGGGGGCACGCGGCUUUUCUCCUGUGCCAACUGCGACACCAUCCUGACCAACCGCUCCGAGCUGAUCUCCACUCGUUUCACUGGAGCCACAGGCAGAGCCUUCCUGUUCAACAAGGUGGUGAACCUGCAGUACAGCGAGGUGCAGGAUCGCGUGAUGUUGACGGGCAGGCACAUGGUGCGUGACGUCAGCUGUAAGAACUGCAACAGUAAGUUGGGCUGGAUCUAUGAGUUCGCCACGGAGGACAGCCAGCGCUACAAAGAGGGCCGCGUCAUCCUGGAGAGGGCGCUGGUGAGAGAGAGCGAGGGUUUUGAGGAGCACAUCCCCUCGGACGCGUCUUGAAAGCAGGCUUUCGCGCUCCUCUUGGUGAACCUUCCUCACAACCUGCUCUUUGCUAUGGUGUACCAAGGCUUUGUGGUGAUGUUUCAUAUCUACUCCAAGGUAACCUUCAGUAUAUGUGUGCUGGCAUCUUUGCCCAUUGGUACCUUUUACUCCUGCAACAUCAGAGCUAUGAGUAUGAGAUAUGCGCACACGCAUGGAACAAAUCUAGCACCCAAAAUCUGCCCUGGCUGCUGUACCAUCAAGGCUUUGUAAUAUUGUAGUGGUCCAAUGCUGUACUGCACCUGUUCCGCGGCUUCAGUGCACACGUACAGCACCUUUCAGAUCCUCAUUUUUUCAGUAGAGUUUACAUUGUUUGUUACAUCACUGGGCUGAUUGUUCUGCAGUGGGACUCAUUUAAUUGUGAUCAGGCAGCUCAUAGUUGUACUGGGAAUGUUCACGAAUGUUCUCUUGAUUGCCCCAUUGUGCCCAAAAGUGAAUGUAAUCUCAUUGGUCAAUCACAGUAAGUACUCCACACCUGCAGUAAAAUGCAAUAUCUAGGGUUGGUCACCUGGACAGGGAUUAAGCCUAGUCCUGUACUGUUUUUUUCUUUAAAUGGAGAACCUCCAUUCAGAAUGCUGUGAAUAUUGGCUUAAUCCCUGCCCAGGUAACCAACACUAGAAUCAUAAAGGAGGGGUGAUUUAGCCUUCAGACUCUGUGCUGUGUCCCAGCUGUACACUAAACACUAAUUCUAUUUUCACUGUAUAUAAGGUGUAGGAUAGGGAUGCCCCAGUUGUGAAUUUUAAUGCCAGACUCUCUCUACAACCAAAACUGGCCCGAACUCACACUGUUUGAGCUAAGUGAACACACAUUAGUGCAUUUCCGGCAUGUUCUUUCAGCCAAAGUACCAGUAUAGGUAACAGUAUUUGCUCUGUAAAUGGCAGAAUCAGCAUUACAAAUCUGUAAAUGAUAAAUUAGUUGCCUGUUUAAGUAACAUGAAUCAAAUAAUGCGCUAUGUCAAAAGGACAUUUAGCACAUAAGUCAUGUAUAAUUAUGCUACAGCAGAUUUGACACAAGAGUAGCCGUAGCAUUCAUAUACAGGGCGAGAGCUCUUACCUGCUUUAUUCAUGUCAUACAAUUGCAAAAAUUAAAAAAAAAUAAAUAAAUUAGCUCAUAGAAACGGUACAAAGUUAUUUGGAAUAAAAUCUGAUUACAUUAAUGUUACAGUUAAGUCAAUAUUUCAGCCAUGUGAGGAUUUGUUACUACAGCAGUGAUGUAUUGUAGGUGGCAGCUAUUGUUCCACAAUUCAGGGUGAAGCAGAAACAUGCAAGGUUAGCAAAUAAGGCAAAAUCUCUUACAAUUAACAAUUUACAGUAAAUGUUACACACUGUAAAAAAUGCUAUAUCAUCUUAAGCCUUAUCAAUAGCUCUUAUUACUUCUCAUUUUGAGAUUGAUGUAAGAAUAUUAUAGGCUUAUUUCACUUAUUUCUGGAUGUAUUUUUACUCGGUUUAAGUCAUUUUAUAUAGAGAAAUUGUGUUCAAUCGUCAGAUGAUCCAAGCAUUACUUCUUGAAACAAGCAAAUUAUUUGCCAGUAGAAUAAUUUCUGUAGAUCAAAUGACAAAGUGAAAAAAUGUCUAAAAGUAAGUUAAAUAAUCUUAGAAAUUUCUUACAACAGUCCAAAAAUGAGAAGUGUUAGACAUCCUGAUGAGAUUUAAGAUGUUUUCUCUUGCCCAGGUAUCAUUUUAUGUGAUGUAUAUCUUACAGUAGUAGUGUUUAGUAUGUAGUUGGGACAUUUCAAAUACAGUGGCUGACUCAGUAUUCAACUCCGCUGUAUUCCAUUCUAUUCUAAUCACCACAUUUUAACUGAAGCCCAGAUAAGAGUCCGCUCUUAUUGCGCUGAUCGCAGCUACUAUGUGCAAAACAGGAUCAGCUCUUGAGGUCUAAGAGGCUUUAAGAUUUUAUGAUUUAGACACCUCUGUGCCCAGGCUGGAUCAAAUUUCAGUUGUGCUUAAGAAUGUUUUCGUGGUUCAGCAUCUGUGUUCAGUGUUUUCACCCAAAUCUCUAUCUGCAUUGUACUGUAUUCGUAUUGUACAGUCAACUACAGUCAUAAGAACAGCUUUGGUAAGACCUUAUUGGAGCAAAAUGGUUGUGGUUUUACAUUAUAUAGUCAGUUAACUUUACAUUUUUCUUUAUGGAAUUCAGCAACUGCCCAUUUACCUCUACUCUAAAUCUCUAGUCAGUUGGUAGGGCUGUACGAUAUGAACAGAAAAUGCUGUUGGAUGUCACAAUGAGGAUAUCAGAACGAUAAAUUAUUAUUAAAACUGUGCCUCUGACUGGAUACGAUGCAAGUACAGACUUAUUUUGGAUGUGUAAACAGAGAUCUAACCAUCUUCUCCUUUAAACAAGUAGCAAAAUGCAAAAUUACAAAAGCGUCAUUUACAACUGUGCAUAAUAAAAAGAAGGAAUUAAUUUUUUUUUUUUUAUUUAUUUGCCUUUAGUUAUUAAAGAUGUUUGUUGUGACAGUAACCAUCACUGCCUCGCACUCUUAAAACAAUACUGGGUGUGAGAACAAUCCUAAUGUUUCACAUGUUUUUACAGGCUUAUAGUUGAGGAUGGAGUAGUUUCAGUGCUGUGCACAGGGAAGCACUUAGGCUUCUAACAGUUCGUAAUGACGUCUCUCUGGUGCUGCGUGUAUGAGGUAAAUCGAUCUGCUCUGUCAUCUCAGCUCUUAAUGAUGUGUUUAUCACGGAAACCCACAUCACAAUAACAAUAAAAAUAUGAUCGUUCAGCCCUUUCAGUUGGCUUUCUGUUCCUUAUAAGCACGAGGAGGUGCAUCUGUGGUAACAGUACAAAUGCAGCAGGUAGAGAUUGGCUUGAAAACGCUGGCGUAUUCCUUUAAGUGAAUUGCUUUGAAGAUCACAGUCCACCCUUAGUCCUUACGUCUGCAUUGUCGAGCAUUACGUCGUUAUAUAAUUCUUUUUAUUAUGGUUGUUAUAAACAUUACUGAUAGACCAAUAUAUCAUCUUAGUUUCAUAAGGCAUGGUCAUUAUGAUUUGGUCAAAGUGCUCAUUAGUAUGGUUAUUGGGUUUAAUGAUGUUGUUAGAAUUAUUUAUGCUCAUUUGUUGCAUAUAAUGGAAAAUUUCCAUCUGAAAGACAAUUGUGUGUUUUCUCCUUUAGCUUUGUUCCUUGAUGUUUUGUGGUUCAUUUCAAAUAAACGAUGAUGUCUUUCAAAAUCACA